AUGAGCAGCCGCCCAACGUCCUCUGCGACCACCCCACAUGCGCCGAUAGCCCCCACCGCUCCGCAGGCGGUCCACGCAAUGGCCACACCCACCCCGCUGCUCGUCGACGCCAGCCUGCCUGGCUACCUCCUUCCAGCGGCCAUUAGCGCGCUGUCCGACAGUGCCGCGUUCGCCGUUCGCCGUCGUCUCGCCGCCGAGCGCGAGGCCGAGGGUGGCGAGCCCUCGUCGUCCUCUUCGAACGUUAUCGACGCGGGCGAGAAGGGAAAGGGACGUGCGGGCGCCGGCGGUGACGCCGAUGCCGACAUGCCCCUCCUCGUGGACGAGGCCGUGGCGGCUCGCAUUGAGCGGAUGGGACUCAUGGUCGGAGGAUACGUUGCGGAGAAGCUCACCCUCGCGCGCGCACCUCUCGCGACACACCUCGACAUGAUCAAGUUUGUGUGCAAGGACCUGUUCCUCUACGUGUACGGCAAGCAGAUUGACAACUUGAGGACAAACCACCGCCUGGGUCACCCGCACGCCGCACGCCCCGCAACCGCGGCAUCUAGCUCGCCUCCUCGUCUCGCGCUAACACCCACCACAGGGCGUCUUCGUCCUCCAGUCUCACGCGUUCCCGCCCUUGACCACACUGAGCUCGCACCGCGGCUCAGCUGCCGACCUGGAGGCGGCGCGCCCGCACCUCAUCUUCCCGCAGGCGCUCGUGCAAGGCGCGCUCGCGAGGCUGGGCAUGAGCGCGAGUGUGUUGGCCGAGAGCUCGUCGCUGCCACAGUCCUUAUACCCCUGUUGCUUGCUACUACUGCACCUGACUGCACCUGGUCGUUGCCCGGCCACCACUGCGACAAGGCCAAUGGUGUCGUCACAGCGUCAUUCACCCACCACCUCGGUGUACUCGAACAUGUGCAUCUCGCCGCGCACCAAACAGCACGCAAUGAACGCACCCCUAACCCAAACCUCCCCCUCUCUCCCGCUCUCCCACUGUCGCCUAUCGUACACUAUUUCUCUGUCUCUGUCUCUGUCUUGUAA